AUGGCUCCCGGGAAGAACCAGAGCACCAAGGCCGUCGUGUCCUCCAACGGCAACGGCAACGGCAACGGCAACGACAACGGCACUGGCAACCCCAACGCCAGAGCCUGCGCCCGCGCCCGCGCCCGCGGUGACGACGCCCCCGUGUCCUCUGUUUCCUCCGCCUCCUCCGCCGAGGUCCCCUUGCCCUCCGCUUCCGCCCCCGCCUCUUCUUCCUCCUCCUCGGCGUCGGCGUCUUCCUCCGCGUCCUCUCCGGUCCCCGCGCCCGUCCCCUCCUACUCCGCCGCCGCCAGCACGGGCAGCAACCGUGCUGGUGGUGGUGGUGUCAGGUGGACGAGCGCCCCGGAGCAGGCGCGGUUGAAGUACGUGCACGUGCGCGCCGCGGCCUCGUACAUCGGCGUGCUCAGGUCGCCGUUCUUCCCCCAGGACGGAGCGGCGUACCUGGCUCACCUGGCGAGCGUCAAGGCGCGCGAGCUGGAGAAGAUGCGGGCCAGGCUGGAGGCCAAGUUGUCGAAAGAUGCCAAGGCAAAGUCGAAGUCGAAGUCGAAGUCGAAGUCGUCCGGGGGGAGUUCGUCUCGCUGGGCUCUGUUGCCUGUUGUUGGGGUCUCUGGAGGUCUGGCAUCGUGCUGGGUCCCGCUUUACCAUGGCGGUGGUGGUGCCUCCGGGCUACUGCUGCCGUCGUCGGUAGAGCAUGGAUACCAUGACAAUGACAAUGACAAUGUCGAAGGGGGUGCGAAGAUGGAGGGUGGUAAGGCCAAGGGGAAGGCUGCGUCUGCUGCUUCUUCUUCGGAGGAGGCGGCGGCGGCGGCUGGAACCGAGCCGUCAUCUUCUUCUUCUUCUUCUUCCACCUCCGGAGACGGCCGUUCCGGGGGUAACGAGGGGGCACCCAGAGACAACCCCAGCAACAGGGUCAACACCAGCGUUGACACUCUUCGUCCUUCUUCUUCUUCUUCUAAAGCUUUCGCCGCGGCUGCCGGUCCCUUCGACACCAACACCACCACCUCCGACACCCCCGACACCACCUCUGCCGCCAACCGUGGAUUCCCCAUUCGUGGAGGAUUCACGCCUCCUUCAUCUCCCUGCCCUCCCGCGCCUCGUCUAGCUCCCCUGCUGAAGGGCAAGACGAACUUGACGGAGGACUUCCUCUCGGUCGUCCUCGCCAAGCCGAAUCCGUUCAACGGGUUCCGGACCGUCAAGUCUCCGGAUUCGGACGACACCACCUCGCCUGGGCCCGAGGCAGCCGUCCCGUUUCCAAGCGCCGCCGAGUACACGUACGAAGCCAACCGCCGCGUCGUCAGCAACAUCCGCGGCAGCCAGGUUUCCCCGGGACAACCCAGCCUGGUGCGCUUGCGCGAUGAUGCUGCUGCCGCUGGUUCUGGUUCCGGCCACGUUCGUUUCGACAAGAGGAAGGACAAGAAGAUGAAGAAGCAGAAGCAGAAGUGGAAGAAGGAGCAAGGCAAAGGUAGCAAGCUGCGUGCGCCCGAGUCCGUUGUCGUGCCGCCUGUGCCUGUGCCUGCUGUGGUCUGGGGUGGUCCGCCCAGCCGUGCCUGGCCUUUGCCUCGCUGGCAAGGGCACAUCAGGAACGGUGAUGCUGGACACCACCAGAACCAGAACCAGCAGCACAAGCACGGCAUGUACAUGGACGAAGGCUACGUGCGCCACCUUUGGUCGGAGAAGCUGGAGCCGCAUCAGCAGUUCGCGCGCCUGAGGAAGGCCGAACUUGCUUUGCAGAAGCGAGAGCUGGUCGAGUCCGGGAUCGAGGGACUGAUCACCCCUCCUACCGGCAGGACUCACCGUGAGCUCGAGCUGAUGGUCGGUGCAGCAGCCCAGUUUGAUUUCAGCAGCAGCAGCAGACAGGUGGCUUCGGCUCCUGAUCUUGUUUAUCACAGCGGUCUCGCCUCUUCGGUGGUUGCAGAACCAGCUCACACACACACAGGUCUCUCCGCGACGGCGGUUGAUGAACCUCGCACUUCCACGACGGUGGUUGAUGCCAUUAUUGCUCCCGCUACGGCGGUUGAAGCCCAGCGCGCCCCCGCUUCGGCGGUUGAGGCUGCACCCAUUACCUCCUCUUCCUCUUCCUCAUCCUUCUCCGCAACAGCCAUACCGUUUGUGCCGCGGUCCCUGGCUCCCGACGCUCCCGAGUUCGUGCCCUCCUCCGGUGGAUGUAGUGAAAGGGAUUCGCUCUCUGCUACUGCCGAGGAGUUCGUUCCGCCUUCAGUUGCCGUCGUCUCUGCCGCUGUCGUCCCCCAGCAGCAACAGUCAUCAGCAGCAACCGAGCAGUUGUCGUCGUUGCCGUCUUCGGACCCCCCGUCUUUGGUGCAGCAGCAGCAGCAGCAGCAGCAACAACAGCUCAGCGGAGAAGAGUCGUUGUCGUCUUUGGACCCCGGCCGCGUCAAUUCUUGGACGGAUUACCGUCGUGACCACCCUCGUGCGCCCCGGCACUUGAGGCCAUCCCAGCUUGGUCACCAGCGGAAUCGUCACCAGCCAGAGCUCGCGCCUUGCCACCCUUCUGCCCCCGCCAGUCCUCCCAGUGUCUCUCUUGGCUCUUGGACGUUUCCCUCGCGCGGCUCCCCACCCCGUUGCGAGCCCCAAGCUACCGCCCCCAACGAGAAGAAGACGCCGCUGCCUUCGUUCGACCCCAGCUGCCCCGAUUUCGAGGAGGAGUUCCCGCCUCUUGGUCAGCCCCCUACCCACGCCCACGCCAAAGCCAAGUCAUCCAAACCUUCGAAGCAGCAACCCAAAGCCAACUUGGACGCUGGCAACCACCACGUCGUUGCUGAAGAUGAUGACGCCCAGGACAUCUACGCGGCCAGCCCCGUUCUUCAGUCUGCGUCGGCUGCAGAUGUCGCCAGCAUCACCACUGGCAACAACACAACCGGCGAAACGAUCGAAGGCACCAUCAGCAGCGACGGCAAGACUGGUGGCGACAAAACCACGGACGAAGCCCAAGCCCACCCCCCUGAGCCUCCUGCCCAGCUUCCCCCCUACGCGGCCGCCCACUACUACAGCGACACGACCCCGUCAAUUUACUCGGCGGAGGAGCAGCGCCUUCUGCUGCAGGCCUACUACUACCCCGGCCGUCGUGAUCCUGUCUCUGGCCUGCCUGUCUCUGGAAUGGGAAUGGGCAUGACGAUGCUCCAUCCCGGACCUGGCCCGCUUCCUUUCCUGCCAGUCCCAGUCCCGCCGCCUGCUCCUUACCCCCACGGCUACGAUCAACCGCCUCCCGGCCCUCCUCACGCCCUCACCCACGGCUACGGCUACGGCAACGCCCACGGCUACCAUCAUCAACCGCCGCCGCCUCACCAACCUCUCCAACCUCUCCACCCCCAGCGCCGCGUCCACUUCGCCGACUACAACACGGUGAUCCACCUCCCUCCUUCGCCUUGGGGGAACGGGGGUGGCGUGUUGGAGUUCGUGCCUCAGCAGCGUCCGGAUGGGGCGGCUGAUGGUGACGUUUCCCUCGCUGCUGCUGCUUCUGGGUUCGAUUCCCACGACGGCACUCCUGCCUUCCACCACGACGCGUCGGGCCCAAGCUUUUUCCCUCCCCCCGGCCCAGCCUCGCCAGUUUUGGAGCUCCUCCCCCUUCCAGCUCCCUACAACUACUUCUCCGGGUUCUCCCUCCAGUUCGUCUCUGCUGCGCCUGCUGUCCCUGCCGCCCCUGCCGCCCAUGCUGCUCAAGUCAACCCCCAGCAGCCCCCUCCCACCUUCAACUCCGGCUACUACCUCGGCCACCACCCCAUCCCCCCUCCACCUGGUCCUCCCGCCGCUCCAAGUCCUGGUUCGGUCCCGCCUCGUCCUUGCGCCCCGCCUCUUUUCUGGGAGAUCCUGGAGAUGGUGGAUAUCCUGGACUUGGUGGAGGACUUGAGGAUGGCGGGGGUGGUGGAGAGGGAGGCGGAGGCGUGGCAGUUAAGGGCGCCGGUUGGUGAGAGAACGUGGGAUUUGAGUUUUGGUGAUGGAAGUGGUGAUGUGGAAGGGGAAGGGGAACUGGAGGAGAUUGAGCUGGAGGAGGUGUCGGUUGUGGUGAGGGAGUUGGUGGCGGAGAUUGAUGAGUUUGAUGACUAG